CUGCCUACCAUCUACGAUCAACAAACUUCAAGUUUUCAACUUUGGCUAAGUAUUCAGUAAAAUGAAGCUCCUCUCAGUUUUGCUUGUAACCAUUCUAUUCCUACAGGCUUUUCUGGAGGCAUCAUCGACUGUCAGUGAUGCAGCUCAUUCUCUUUCUCAGGAGGAUGUGGGAGGAAAUGUUGGAGGGAUUUUAAAGAAACAUCAACCUCAGAAAAUCAACUGCAAUUACGCAUGCUCAAGAAGAUGCAGUAAGACGUCAAGAAAGAACGUGUGCCAUCGAGCAUGCAAGAGCUGCUGUGAGAGGUGCCAUUGCGUUCCACCAGGAACUUAUGGCAACAAAGACCUCUGCCCCUGCUAUGCCAAUCUAAGAACACACGGAAAUAAGCCCAAGUGCCCUUGAUAUAUGUUAUGUUCUUUGAUUGCCAUGGACAAUACUCCUGGAUUUCCAUGUUUUAGAUAUGGAUUAGUGUGUGUCUAUGUGUGAACAGUUUGUUUUCCUAUGGGAAAAUAAUUCUUGUUAGGAUUUUGAUAGUUCUGCCUGUCAGAAUCUUGUUAUAAUAAAUAGAGUGAUACUGCCUUGUGAUAAUCAUAAUGUGCUGCUGUUGUUCUGCAA